GUCCAAAAACAAGUAAAUUCCCAGCAACCCCAGCCAACGCCCUUGAACAGCGAAACAGGAGCGAAGACAAAAGAAGCAGAGAUCGUUGCUCAUCCGCUCCGCCGGCGGACAGGAUACCCGGCAUCCCCUCCCACGAUGUGACCCUGGCACCGACAAAAUGUGAAUUCCACCAACCAGCGAUGUCAGCCUCGACAACUCUCCUCCUCGCAGGAGAAACCUCCGAGGGUCUGGCGGUUUCUGUUGGCAUGCGGCUCAGAUCCAGAUAUUCCGCCGUUACACGAUUGUUGGUGGAAAACAAACGACACCCAGUGGUGCGGAUGAAGCCCCAAUUUACACGGGUACGCGAAUGGAUCCCGUGGUAGGAUCGACGAUAUUAUGGUACCAUGUAAGGUGCCCUGGUCCAAACUAUUUAAAGGGCGGAUAAAUGAACCAUCUUCUGUUCCCCGGUUAUCGCUUUCCCAGGUGUCUUCUCUCAUCGCCAACAUGCUUCCCUCCAUUGCUCUGGGGCUCUCGCUCACAACCGGCGCAGCGGCGGCGGCACUCGACGCCCGCGCCGGUCGCACGUCGCCACCGGAAGGGUGCCUGGCCGUCGGAGGCUCCGCGACCUACAAAACGGUCCAGUCCGCCGUCGACGCCCUCAGCACGUCCACCAGCACGGCGCAGUGCAUCUUCAUCUACAAGGGCACCUACGAGGAGCAAGUCUACAUCCCGGAGCUCAAGUCGGCGCUCACCGUCUACGGCGAGACGCCCGACACCAGCAGCUUCGCCGCCAACACGGUGACCAUCACGCAGAGCCGGAGCCAGGACGACUCGCCCAACAACGACGCGACGGCGACGCUGCGGGCGCACGCGGGCAACCUGCGCGUGUACAACGUCAACCUGGUCAACACGCGCGGCAAGGGCUCGCAGGCGGUGGCCGUGAGCGCGCAGAACGACCGCCAGGGCUACUACGCCUGCCAGUUCCGCGGCUUCCAGGACACCGUGCUGGCCAACGAGGGCGCCCAGGUCUACGCCCGCAGCUACAUCGAGGGCGCCACCGAUUUUAUCUUUGGUCAGCGUGCCAGCGCCUGGUUCGAUGGCGCGGAUAUUCGCGUGCUCGCGGCGUCCACCGGUUACGUCACCGCCAGCGGCCGCGACUCGGCUUCGAGCUCGUCAUACUAUGUGAUCAACAAGUCGGCUAUCGCAGCCAAGGCAGGGGAUAGUGUGUCGGCGGGUGCGUAUUUCCUCGGUCGGCCGUGGCGUAACUAUGCUCGGGUGGUGGUUCAGGACACUAGUCUGUCGGCGGUGAUCAAUGGGGCUGGGUGGAGGAUCUGGAAUGACGGCGACCCGAGGACGGACGGGGUUGAGUUUGGGGAGUAUGGGAACACCGGUGACGGCUCAAAGGGAACGAGGGCGAGCUUUGCAAAGAAGCUAUCGGCUGCCGUCAGUAUCUCAACCGUGCUGGGGAGCGAUUACGAGGACUGGGUGGACACCAGCUAUCUGUCGUAGGUCCUGAGAUACCUACCUACUUGAUGAGGUAGAGCAUAGCAAUGGGAGCACAGUGCUAUUGUUUUACAUAGUUAAAUCACAAUGCCUGCCUAGUCGUACAUAUCACCUUUCCCUUCGAGCCUACC